AUGAAACCAGAAAUUAUUAGUAUCAGUAGCCAAUCACAAACCACUCCACCUCAUAAAACUCCUAAAUUAAAACAAUCAGUAGAAGAUAUUUCAGAAGACAAAAGACAAAUAGCACAGAAUUACUUUUUUCAUAGUGUACAAAUUCCAGAAAGUUUAAUACAAUUUCUUCUUGAUCGAUUUGUUUCAAUAAGUUAUACACUUCAUGGAUUUAUAACAGUAAAACCAAGGCAUUUAUGCGGUGGUCUACUUAUUAGUAAUGAAUGGGUAUUAACUGCAGCUCAUUGUAUUAGUCCAUUUGAAAGUAGUAUUAAAAGUCUUCAAAUAUCAAAACUACGUCAAUACAUGGAUAAAUCAUCAAUUCAUUUUAAACCUAAUGAUAAAGCAAAAUCGAUUGAUGCACUAAUUCUUCAUCCAAAUUUUACACAAGGUCAAAGUUUAUCACCAGAUAUUGGUUUAAUUAAAUUAAAACACUCUAUUCUUGAUUCACUUACUAAUGAAAUGUAUAAUUAUGAAGAAUUGAAACAUUUUUUAUUAAUAAAUGAUAAACUACUAAUAAGUAGUCAAGAAUAUAUAUGUAUAGUUUCAGGUGUUGGUCAUUUAAAAUAUCGCGAUAUAAAGAAUACAAAUUCUAAUAAUUAUUUUCAUGUUGCAUUUGUACACCUUGAAUCCUGUAAUGGAUUAUGGAAGAAAUUACAACUAGAAACAGAAAUAAAACAAAUCAAAAGUUAUGAACAACAACAAGAAUAUGAAUGGAUAAAUAUUUGUAAACAAAGUUUCAUUGAUAAUUCUAUUGGUCAAAAGUGUCCUUUUAGUUAUUUAUGCGCUGGUGGAAGAUAUGUAGAUGGUGAUACAUGUCAAGGAGAUAGUGGUGGACCACUUUUGUGCAUGGAAUCAAAAAAAUACUCGAAAUUUAUAAAGAAAUGGUUCGUUGUUGGUAUCGCGUCAUCAGGAAUUCAGUGUGGUUUGAAUGGGAUCCCAUCAAUCUAUACACCAUUAUAUCCCUAUUUGGAUUGGAUUGAAUCCAUUACAGGCUACGGAAAACUUAAAUCUUUCGAGUAA